AUGUAUGGACAUGCUGCUGCUGCUGCUACCGCUGCCGGUCUUUCCAUUGCGAUUUGCUGCUAUCUUGCUAUUGUCAGGCGCUACCGAUACAAGUACAUCAAUGCGUUGCGUCGCAAAUACCCAGAUCCGAACAUUGCCGUACAGGACUCCAAAAUUGCCGCUGAGAUUUUCAAUACGACAUUGAGAAAGGAAUUCCCAGUCAUAAACAUGUAUACUGGCUUUACAUCAAACAAGUUUUCAAUUGGCGUUGCUUCGGAAAAUCCGGAUGUGACAGCAGAGGAAAUCGACGCUCAAGAAUCUAGACGUGACCAUGCCAUUGCUCGCUUAAACGAGAUUCACAGUUGCUAUCGUAUUCAACAUGGCGAUUUUUUUUUCCAGUUGGUCCUCUUCGUCAACGAACCAAUUUACUGGAUUAAUAAGUAUGGAUACAGAAGAUUUAAUCAAUUAGAGAUGAACAUUUAA